CUCCCACCCGUCCGCUAAUAUUCGACGAUUGGACCACCACGUCAUCACGGUCCGGUCCGUCACCCGUUUUUCGCGAUCGUCAUCGGUUAGGUAUGAUGCGCAGGUGUUUAGGUUAUAUUGCACCUAAAUAGUGAUACUUUUACUGCGAUCCAGCGAUUCGCUCGGAUGAUUUUUAGUGAAUAAUAUUUUUGGUUUUUUGUGUAUUGAGUUUACUUUUAUUUGCGUCUGUGAACAUCAGCUUUUCUACCACAAAUCUUGCUCCAAUUAAAAUGUUCGCAAGAUCUUGCUUGUGGUGUUUUUGAUCUAAGUGGUGCAUUGAGGCGGUCGUUUGUUGAUUGUCUUAUUAGUUUUAUUAAUAAAAAGGAAAAACUAGCAAUUAUUGAUGUAACAUAUUGUAUAGUUUUUAAUGAUUUCUGGGUUAUCUUAGCAACAAAGCAAUAAAUACGACCUAAGAAUACUCGGCUCAGAAUCGUCUCUC